AUGGGAGACUACUUGACCCCGUCCGAGUUGCCGCAGCCACGGUUGAGACGGACCAACACCGGCUUCACACCUAACCAGAUUGUCGCCUACGAUGCUCAGAUUUCAGAGGCCGCCAAGAUCAUCUGGCGCAAGUACUCCAGCUUGAGGCCCAUGGGCAGCACCAAGGAGAGAAAAAAGGCGGAAAUCACCGCCGAGGAGUUUGAAAAUAGGUUCAUCAAGCACGUCGAGUUCACCUUGGCACGCAACAUGUACAACUGCAACGAUUUGGGCGCGUACCAGGCCGCGUCGCAGUCGAUCCGAGACUCGGUGCUCCUUGACUGGGCCGACACCCAGCAGAACCAGACGGUCCAUGACGGGAAAAGGGUGUACUACCUUUCGCUCGAGUUCUUGAUGGGCCGUGCCAUGGACAACGCGUUGAUCAACACGAACUCGCGCGCUGUUGUCGAAAAGACCUUGGACAACUUGGGGUUCUGCCUCGAGGACAUCUUGGAGCAGGAGCCCGAUGCAGGCUUGGGCAACGGAGGCUUGGGCCGCUUGGCCGCGUGUUUCGUGGACUCGUUGUCCUCAAAAAACUACAGCGGCUGGGGCUACGGCUUGAACUACCAGUACGGAAUCUUCAAGCAGAAAAUCAUCGAUGGGUACCAGGUCGAGACCCCCGACUACUGGUUGAAGUACUCGAACCCCUGGGAAAUCGACCGCACGGAGAUCCAGAUCCCUGUAGACUUCUACGGCGCCGUGGAGGAGGUAUACGACGAGAAAGCCGACAAAAUGAAGAAGGUCUGGAAGGGCGGAGAGCGUGUUUUGGCCGUGGCCGCGGACUUCCCCAUCCCGGGCUUCAACACCUCGAACACAAACAACUUGCGUUUGUGGAACGCCCGCCCAACGAACGAGUUCGACUUCAACAAAUUCAAUGCUGGCGACUACCAAUCUUCUGUGGCUGCUCAACAACGUGCUGAGUCCAUCACCGCGGUCUUGUAUCCCAACGAUAACUUCUUCCACGGAAAGGAGUUGAGAUUGAAGCAGCAAUACUUCUGGGUGGCCGCGUCAUUGCACGACAUUGUGCGCCGCUUCAAGAAGCAGCACAAGGAUGACUGGUCCAAGUUCACCGACAAGAUCGCCAUCCAGUUGAAUGACACCCAUCCCACAUUGGCCAUUGUCGAGCUUCAGAGAGUAUUGGUGGACUUGGAGGGCUUGUCGUGGAGCGACGCCUGGAACAUUGUCACCAACACUUUUGCGUACACCAAUCACACUGUGAUGACCGAGGCGUUGGAGAAAUGGCCUGUUGAGUUGCUUGGAAAUCUCCUUCCCAGACACUUGCAAAUCAUCUACGACAUCAACUACUACUUCUUGAAGCUGGUGGAAGCCAAGUUCCCCAACGACAUGGAGUUAUUGAGAAGGGUCUCUGUGAUUGAAGAGAAUGACUGCAAAUCUGUUCGCAUGGCAUACUUGGCUAUCAUUGGCUCGCACAAGGUGAACGGAGUGGCUGAGUUGCACUCUGAGUUGAUUAGGACAACCAUCUUCAAAGACUUUGUGAAGAUUUUCGGCGAUGAAAAAUUCACGAACGUGACAAACGGUAUCACGCCUAGAAGAUGGCUCAAGCAGGCUAACCCUGAAUUGGCCUCUUUGAUUGCGGAGGCACUCAAUGACCCUGACUAUGAAUAUUUGACCAACUUGGGCAAGUUGAAGCAGUUGGAGAAGUUUGUGGAUGACGACAAGUUCUUGACAAGGUGGGACAGAAUAAAGUUCAACAACAAGAGAAGGUUGGCUGAGCUUAUCAAGUCCGAGACUGGAAUUGAUGUUGACCCCACGGUUAUGUUUGAUAUUCAGGUGAAGAGAAUUCAUGAAUACAAGAGACAACAACUCAACAUCUUUGCAACAAUCUACAGAUACUUGAGGAUCCGCGAGCUUCUCGCAGAAGGCGUUUCUGUUGACGACAUCAAGUUGAAGCACUACAUUUCGAAGGCAAGUAUCUUUGGUGGUAAGGCUGCCCCGGGCUAUUACAUGGCAAAGACCAUUAUCCAUUUGAUUAACAUGGCCGCAGAGGUGAUCAACAAAGAUACAGAGAUCGACAAUUUGUUGAAGGUUGUAUUCAUUCCAGACUACAACGUGUCCAAGGCAGAAAUCAUUUGCCCCGGAUCAGAUUUGUCCAACCACAUUUCUACUGCGGGCACUGAGGCGUCGGGAACAUCCAACAUGAAGUUCGCAUUGAAUGGUGGAUUGAUUAUCGGAACAGUCGAUGGCGCCAAUGUCGAGAUCACGCGCGAAAUCAGUGAAGACAACAUCUUUUUGUUCGGAAACUUGGCAGAGUCGGUGGAAGAGAUCAGACACAAGCACCUCUACCACGGAGUUACCGUUCCAAAGACGUUGCAGAAAGUCUUUGAUGCCAUUGAGUCAGGAAUGUUUGGUGACCCAGGCGAGUACAAGCCAUUGAUUGAGUCGAUCACCAACCAUGGCGAUUACUACCUCGUUACGGACGACUUUGACUUGAUGUUGGAAUGCCAGGAGAAGUUGGAGAAAGUGUAUGGCCACCAUGGAGGUGACUCCUCUGACCCUGACCACUUGCACAGAUGGGUGAAGAAGUCGUUGUUGUCUGUUGCCAACAUGGGAUUCUUCAGUUCUGACCGGUGCAUUGACGAGUAUGCAGAGAAUAUUUGGAAUGUUGAGCCAUUGAGCCAGUAA